GGGGAAGAGAAGGAAGGGGAAGGGCCAUAGCGUCUCGCGGGAGAAGGCGGGCGGCUGUUUGAAAGAUGGCGGAUGAGGUGGAUCAGCAACAAACAACAAAUACUGUAGAGGAGCCACUUGAUCUCAUUAGACUCAGUCUAGAUGAGCGAAUCUAUGUUAAAAUGAGGAAUGACAGAGAACUUAGAGGCAGACUACACGCGUAUGAUCAGCACUUAAAUAUGAUUCUGGGUGAUGUAGAAGAAACUGUAACAACAAUAGAGAUUGAUGAAGAAACCUAUGAAGAAAUUUAUAAAUCUACGAAAAGGAAUAUUCCGAUGCUCUUUGUCAGAGGUGACGGCGUUGUGCUUGUAGCUCCCCCGUUGAGGGUUGGCUGAAGCAACCAAGGAUUUUACCUUGUUGGAAGGUUUCAGGCUCUUGGACAAUGGUUCGUGCUUUGAUCAUGUGUCUCAAAAUUGUGUACACAUUUUUGUAGGAUCUUUUUGCCUGUUCUUUUUGGAAGGAGAACAAAUUUAUCUUGCAGAAUGUGCAUGUAGUCAGCUGAAGCAGUGUAAAACAACCACACUUUCCCUGAAUUAAUGUAACUGCUGUAAAUUGGCUGUCUUAUCAGUAAAAAAAAAAAUCCUUUUUUUUCUUUUUUUCAAAUCUUGGGAAUAGCAGUGUCUUUUUUUUGUUUCAAAUAAACUUGGCUUAUCUUUCA